AUGGGCUACUCAGGCACCGCCAGUGUUGCCCGCGACAUGGUGAAAGUCUCGGACAAGAUCGCACAGCUGCGAUGUCGUCAGCGAGGACCAGAACCAGACGAGGGGAGCAACGGAGAUGUUGCCCGGGUCCAAUAUCUCGGUUUCUUAUAUGGGACUGUUGUAGGGCAUUGCUUUGCUUCUCUGUUCCCCGAGCGCGUGGGCCGACUGAUUCGUGACGGAGUGGCAGAUCCCACAGAUGAUGCCUCGGGGCCGGGCGGGACGACUGCUUUGGCGGACACGGACAAGGUCCGCGAUGCCUUCUUCUCCGGCUGCCACCACGCUGGCUCUUCUAGAUGUGCCCUGCGCCGGACGAGCCACAAGUCUGGCGAGCAAAUAGAGAGUCGCUUCAACAAGUGGCUUCAGCAGCUUGACGAUACCCACUUGACGCCCAUCGGCCCCAGUGGCGACGUGCGCAUCAUCACGGGAGACGACGUUCGCGCGUACAUGUUCAGCGCCUUGUACGCCCCCUUGGCAACUUUCCAGACCAUGGUGUCCGACUUUGAUUCCGCCAUGACCAGCAAUACCACUGGCCUUUUUGAAAACACCACGGCAUGA